AUGGGAGUUCUACUGAGAAAGGUCCACACUCUCCUGAACAUUCCUGUCAUCUCCAAUGUGCUGCUCUACCAUCGCCUCCAUCCUGAGGAAGUCAACUUCCACCUCUACCUACUCCCCAGCGACUGCACCAUUGAGAAGGCCGUAGAUAAUGAAAAAAAGAAGUUCCAGUUUGUGCGAAUACACAAGCCACCCCCGCUGACUCCGCUCCGCAUAGGUUCCCGAUAUAUUGUGUCUGGUUCACAGAAAAUGGAAAUAAUCCCUGAGGAACUGGAGCUCUGCUAUCGAAGCCCUGGGAAACCCCAGCUCUUCUCUGAGUUCUACGUUGGUCAUCUGGGGUCAGGGAUCCGGCUACAGAUUAAAAGCAAAAAUGAUGCAACUGUUGUAUGGGAGGCCUUGGUGAAAUCAGGAAUCAAAGAAAAAUACCAAAACCAAAGAAGAGAGAGUUCCUGCCCCACACAGUCAUGGAGAAAUGAGUAUUUGCACCAAAAAAUCACACAACUGCUAUUUCUACACAGAUAUCAACCCAGAGGCUAUGACUUCCUACUCAGGAGAAGGAAUCAUGAGGUGGUAGAUGAACAAGAAAAUUGGAUGGAGAUUGGAGACUUAAUUGGCCCAGGCCUGAGUACCCAGGAAGAGCCUCCCACUGUCGUGGUGCAUGGAGUUGCUGGAAUCGGGAAGUCAACCCUGGCCAGGCAGGUGAGGAGAGCCUGGGAGGAAGGCUGGCUGUUCAAGGACCGCUUCAAGCAUGUCUUUUACUUCAACUGCAGAGAGCUGGCCCAGUCUGAGACCAUGAGUCUCGCUGAGCUCAUCACAAAAGACUGGGCAGCUCCUGAUGCUCCCAUUGGGCAGAUCCUGUCUCAGCCAGAGCAGCUGCUCUUCAUUCUUGAUAACUUAGAUGAACCAAAAUGGGACUUGAAGGGGAAGAGUUCUGAGCUCUGUCCACACUGGAGCCAGCAGCAGCAGGUGCACACACUGCUGGGCAGUUUGCUGAAGAAAACCUUACUUCCCACGGCUUCCCUGCUGAUCACAGCUCGGAUCACAGCUCUGAGAAAACUCAUUCCUUCUUUAAAGCAUCCUCGCUGGGUAGAGGUCCUGGGAUUCUCUGAGUCGGCCAGAAAGGAGUAUUUCUUUCAAUAUUUCACAGAUGAGAGCCAAGCGAUUAGAGCCUUUACCUCGGUUGAAUCCAACCCGGCUCUCUUCACCAUGUGUCUCAUGCCCUUGGUGUCCUGGCUGGUCUGCACUUGCCUGAAGCAGCAGAUGGAGCAGGAGCAACCACUCUCACUGACCUCUCAGACGACCACAGCCCUCUGUCUCCACUACUUUUUCCAUGUUCUCCAGGCUCAGUCCCUCGGGACUAAGCUGAGGGGCUUCUGCUCUCUGGCUGUUGAAGGCACCUGUCAAGGAAAGACUCUGUUCAGCCCCGAGGACUUCAGGGAACACGGGUUAGAUGGGGCCAACAUCUCCACUCUCUUAAACAUGGGUGUUCUUCAAGAGCACCCCACCCCUCAGAGCUACAGCUUCAUUCACCUGUGCUUCCAGGAGUUCUUUGCAGCAAUGUCAUAUGCUUUAGGUGAUGGAGUGUUGAAAGGUGAUUGCUUUAAUAACAUCAUAAUUACAAUAGACUUGACAGGUGUAUAUGACAGGCAUGACCUAUUUGGGGAACCAACCACAUGUUUCCUUUUUGGCCUUUUGAGUGAUCAGGGGAUGAGAGAGAUGGAGAGCAUCUUCAAAUGCAGCCUGUCUCGGAAGAGGCUUCCCUCUCUGCUGCACUUGGCCAAGAGGGAGGUCCUUUUGAAGCGUCUGAACCUAGACCCAUAUUCUUGGCAUUUGCUGCACUGUUUUUAUGAGAUUCAGGAUGAAGACUUUAUGAAAAAUAUUUUCAUUCCCUUUACAUUGAGGAUAUGUGUCCAAACUGACAUGGAGCUCCUGCUGUUCACUUUCUUCUUUACAUUCUGCCACCGCAUUGAAAGGCUUCAACUGAAUGAGAGUGGACAGCACAGACAAGCAGGAAGGACUUCCGGUGCAUUUCUGUACAGCUGGGGCCCUUUUACAGAUUCCUGGUGGAAGAUGUUCUUCUCUAUUCUCAAAGUCCCUAGAAGCCUGCAGGAGCUGGACCUGAGUGGAAACUCUCUGAGCUGCUCUGCAGUACAGAGUCUUUGUGACGCCCUGAAAAGCCCUCAAUGCCGCCUGGCGACCUUGAGGCUGGUCAGCUGUGGCCUCACAUACAACUGCUGCCAGGACCUGGCCUCCAUGCUGGGUGCCAGCCCCAGCCUGACAGAGUUGGACCUGCGGCACAACGACCUGGGCGACCUCGGUGUGAGGCUGCUCUGUGAAGGGCUCAGGCAGCCUGCCUGCCAACUCAGGAAGCUGAGGCUGAACCUGACUCGACUGAGUGAGGAGGUGACAGAGAUGCUGAGUCUCCUGCGGCAGGAGAAGCCUCAGCUGGUCAUCAGCAGGCG